UGUUGCCUCCCUUUGUUUGUUUUAGGCCGAAGUAGCAAGACUGACCCAAAGAAGGAUGGCGAUAGACAUCGGAAUGUUCAACUUUGUUGAAUAUUUAGUGACAAACCCAUCGAUUCUUAUUGCAAUAGUUCUUCUUUAUUGCUUCAUUUUCGGCCUUUCUAUUUUAUUCUCUGGUCCAAAACCUGGGAAAAAUCCAUUUUCCAUCAACCAUGUUCGACCUGUGGCAAAGCUUGUGACUGACAAAAGUCAAAGAAAAAAAGUACUAAAACAGAAAUUCAAGCCAUAUGACGUGCCGUCAGAGAAACUAGAUGCCAUAGUAAUUGGUAGUGGAAUUGGAGGCUUAUCAACAGCUGUAUUACUAGCUAAAGCUGGAAAGAAGGUCUUAGUUCUAGAACAACAUGGCAGAGCUGGAGGGUGCUGUCAUACUUUUACUGAUAAAGGAUACGAGUUUGAUACAGGUAUCCAUUACAUUGGAAAGAUGUAUGACGGCCAUCCAGAUAAAGUUUUGACCGAUCAGCUGACAGGAGGAGCUAUAGAGUACCCCCUUUUAGAAGAAAUUUAUGAUGUGGUUAGACUAGGAGAUCCAGCAAAAUCUAGAGCUUACAACAUAAGUUCAGGGAGAGAGAAGUUACAAAAGACACUGAUAGAAUAUUUCCCUAAAGAAGAGACAGCUAUUAAAAAGUUUAUGCAGUUUUUAAAAGAGAGUAGAAACAGUUUCACUGGAUAUUUUGCCAUGAAGGUAUUACCAAAGAGGGUAGUAAAACUCCUGAUAGCCACCGGAAUAUAUAAGUUAAUGUUUAGAUCAUAUGCUAAGUUUCACGGUAAAUCAUUGAAGUCUUUACUUGAUGAACUGACAGAAAAUGAAGAACUGAAGGCUGUUUUGUCUUACUGUUGGGGAGAUUACGGAGUUGUGCCAUCUAAGUCUUCUCAGCUCUUGCAUGCAGCAUUAUUUAACCACUAUGCCGAGGGUGCUUACUAUAUCCGUGGGGGAUCAAGUGAAAUACCUUACCAAAUUGUACAACGAAUAGAGGCAUUAGGUGGCAAAGUUCUGGUUAAAGCCCCUGUACAGAAAAUUUUGACUGACGAUCAAGGGCGGGCCGUGGGUGUGUUAGUUGGUAAGGGAACUAACUCCUGUGAAUUAUUUGCUAAGAACAUUAUAUCCGACGCAGGAGUAUCCAAUACAUUCCUUAGACUUCUACCCAAAGAGGUGGCUGUUAAAUCAAGUAUUUUUCCAAUGAUAAAGAAAGUAGGAGAAAGUUUUUCCUUUAUCUCAAUGUUUGUUGGUUUAGAGGGAACUACAAAGGAAUUGGGACUUAAAGCUCAAAACAUCUGGGCAUUUACCAGACCUGAUGUUGAAGAACUCACAAAAGAAUAUGUAAACUUAUCAGUGGAAGAGGCUGCUGAAGCAGAAGUGCCUCUGUUGUUUGUGUCCUUCCCUUCAGCCAAAGAUCCCUCAUGGUCCGAGAGAUUCCCAGGCAAGUCUAAUCUGUUGAUCAUCACCAUAUGUCCUUAUAAAUGGUUUGAUAGAUGGGAAGACGAGAAGGUGAAGAAAAGAGGAGGUGAAUAUGAAGGACUGAAGAAUGCAAUCGGCAGACAAAUGUUAAAUCAAGUUUUACUGAUGUUUCCUCAGCUAGAAGAUAAGGUAGCAUAUACAGAUGUGGGUUCACCUUUGAGUAACAAGUAUUACCUGGGUUUUGAUAAAGGUGAGAUGUAUGGACUUGACCACACACUCCAGAGGUUUUCACCUGAAGUAUCUGUAGAACUACGAGCACAGACAGACAUUCCAGGCUUGUUUCUUACUGGUCAGGAUAUAUCAACCUGUGGUUUCACUGGUGCUAUGUUUGGUGGUAUGUUCUGUGCUGGUGCUGUCUUAAAUAGAAAACUCCACAACGACCUGGAAACUCUAGUUACGGAGAUCAGGAAGACCAAUCAAACCAAGAAAGAGUAACUUUGUAACCAACUCAAAAAUCAAAUCUGUGAUUUAAUUUAGGGUAUUUUAUACUUUGUUUCCUUAGUAAAUGUAAUAGGUUCUUUUAUAAAGAUAUGACUAUGUAGAAAAAUUAUGAAUGUAAAUUUAAAUACCGCUGUUUAUAAUGAUUAAGUUUAUUUAUGUUUUAAUAUAUUGAUUAUUACCAGUAUGGUGUUUACAUAUCUUUCUAUGUUGUUCUAUGUAAUAAUUUAUUCCGUAAUGAUCUCAGCUAUUCAGUUAUCAUAAAGGAUGUUCCAGUUAAGUUUUAUUAACCAACUUUUUGUUUCCUUUUCAAAGGAAUUUGAAAGAAUAUUUUGUUUUAGCAGAAGGAGAUUGUUGAUGUCUUAAAUUAUUAUGAAGAAUAAGUUUUGAAAUAAUGACUAAUAGUUGUUAUUCUCAAUUUUUGGGAAUUUUAAUUUGUUAGAUUACCAUGAAUGGUUUUAGUAGAACAAUUUUUAGUUAGUAAUUUGUCAAAUACAAGGGAGGUAACAAAUUCAUUCCAAGAAUAAAAUGUCCAAUGAAAUGAUAUAUUCUCUGUAUCAGAUUUUGUUAUCAAAUUUACUAUAUUUAAAGUACUUAUACUAUACCAACCAAGAAUCUGUACCAUGAAUUGAAUAUUUCAUCCUUAUAUAAGGUUGUACUUAAUUUAUUUUUAAAGCUUUUUUUAUAAUCACACUAUUUUCUGUCAAGUUGCAAAAUCUUAAUCAAGUAAAGGAUUUAUGGAUUUUGGGUCAGUCUAUUCUUGCCAUAAAAUAUGAAAUAUUCUAAACAUUACAUUACACAUUGUGUUAUUUUCAUAUAGGGUUCCAUGAAAUAAGAAUACACAAUUUAUGCCAAGUUAAUUAUUCCUUAUUUGGAUAGUGAUUCUUUUUUUUCAUGUUUUAAUGUCCUUAGAAUAAAAAUUAUCAAUAGACACCAAUAUAUUGUAUUUUAAUGAGUGGUUCUUGACACAAUAAAUCUGACCAGAAAACUACUUGUAAGUCAUGAACAUUUUGGUACAACUUACAAUCAAUUCUAGUCUUAACAUUUUUCAUGAAUAUUGUCUGUCAGAGAACCUUGGAUAUUCUUGAGACCACCCUUAGAGCAUGUAAUAAACAGAUGUAGAGUUUAAUUUGAAUAUUUUCAUGUUAAAAAUGAAGUACUUUUUUUAUUUACUGCAUUUUUUCAUGAUUUGAAAAUAAACAAUAUGUGCAUUGUUGAUUUUUAAUAUUCCUAAAAAAAAUAUUAUAAUGAUUUUAUAGUCCUCUAAAACUUAUAUGUACAUCAACUUUAGGUAUAUUGAAUCUUAAGCAAGUUUAUCACUUUUUGGAGAAUUGAAGUUCAAAGUUAUUUCUCCUUCAUUUCAUUAUCAAAAUCCAUGUAUUUUUCAGAUUUUCAGAUGGUGCAAAAACUUAUGAUUUUUAAUAUGUAAAAUAUAUAUUAUUUGAGUCAGUUAUAUUGUGAAAGUCCUUCUUAUCUGUGGAAUUAAUUGAUCAAUACAUUUUGUUUUACACUUUUCCACAAUGAGAGGGUUUAAUAAUUCUUUAUGUUUCAUUUACGAAAACUAUGUAGAUUAAGUGCAUUUGUAUCAAUAAUGCUGUUUUUGUAUGUGGCUGUGAAGUCACAACUUCCCUGAUUUGUAUUUUACAGCAAAUUUUCUGUUAAGCACUUUCUUAAGUGACAUGCUAGAAUCCAGGAAAUAUAAAAAAUAAACAAAACAUAAAUCAUUUCUUCACUCCAUUGAAAUCAAAAUCCACCUUUAAUUAUAGUUUAAUGUGUGAACUGUUGUAGUUAAUUUUUGAAGACCUCUAAGUAAAUGAGAAGAAUAAGUACAGCAAUAAAAGUGGUGUUCCUUUGACAUGUUGAUUUUUCCAAAGUUUUUAAUGAGAUUUAAUGUCUUGUUGAAAUCCACCCAUAUCCAAUCUGGGGAAAAAGUUCCUUGUAAUAACUUUUCUUCAAUUUUAAUACCGAAAAAAACUACAUUCAAAUAGGAACUUAAAAAAAUCAUAAACAGUUUUUUUUUACUAAAUUAUAAUGACUUUACAUUGAAUAUUCAUAAGAUUCAGUAAUGAUGAUUGGCCAAGGAAUUCCAAAACCUAUAUUUUAUUUCUGUGUAAAAUGCAACUGCACAUGCUUUCCAUAAAACAAUGCAUAGAAAAACUAAACAACAGGCUUGUUUUAACUAGUAAUUUCAUGGUUGUGACAUUUUUGAAGGAAAUUGGAAAUUUGCAAUGGUCAGUUUAGAUGGAGUUUCUUAAUUAAAUUUAGCUACCAUUAUAAGUGAUAUUUACCUAAAUUGAUAUUUUUGUAUUAAGUUCUUUAGAUAGUUAUGAAAAAAGUCCAUGACAAGUGAUACAAAUAUAGAUUUAUUUGAAUUGUGUUUUUUCAGGUAUAAAACAUUUGUUUAGCAUAGUGAGUUCUUGUGUUCCUAUUAUUAUGCUAUAUUUGCUCAGUUAUAUUAAGUCUCAGUGGGCAUUAAAUUAAAGUGAUUCAAAACUUACCAAUAAAUAUAAUUUGCACAAAUGA